AUGGGGCUCCAAGUUCUGCUUUACUGGCUGAAUAUUGUUGGAUACAUCAGGAGGCUGGUGUUUGCUGCAUGGGCUGCUUACCAGUGUUUCUCCCUCUUUACUCACUGCGUGUAUCUCUUGAUGGUAAUGCACCCUCUGUUUAGCUCGCUGGAUCUGAGGCUGGGCCUGACCUCCAGGUUUGCAGCAUGGCUGGAUGUAGCUGUCGAUGACCUGGGCAGAGGCAUGCUGUGGAGUCUGCUGUUUAAGUGGGGUUGGAUGGUGUCUGCACUGGAGUGGUGUGUGUUCAUGGAUAACCACAACACGGGGGCGCAGUGGAAGAACAGCUUCGGCAGCAGCCCUCCACUCGUACAGGCUGUCACGGCAAGCGGUAAUCCUCCUGCCCCCGUGUUUGAGUGCUGGUACACAGCUCCACAUAAAUGUCUUUCCAUGCUGGUGGGAGUGCUGUCCCACUGGUUGGAGCUGCCUCUGUGGAUCCAGCAUGUGGGGAUGUUGCUGCUGGUUGCUGGCCGCGUGCUGGCUCUGUCAGCUGAGGUGUGGUGCAUAUGGACACACAUCGAGCACCUGGAAGAAACUAAGAGCUGA